GCCGGUGUCACUGUCAGCCAUCGAGCUUGGGGCGCUCGGAAAGAUGCCGCCGACGAGCAUCCCACCUCAGCUGAAGGCACUCGCUUUGCACCAAGGUCGCAAAAUUCGAAAGUGGACCGCAGAGACCCGCCUGCUGAGCGACAUCGUUGAGUUGAAGCACCGCCGCACGCUCAGAAAAGACGGCUCCGACAUGACCGUCGCCGCGAGUAAUUUUCUCUUGCGUUGCAUUGCCGUGGCCAGACAGGAGUGCCAGGUCAUUGGCUACACCAGGCAGCUGGAUGGUUUCAACCUGCCUGGCCUGCCCGUCGCCAAAGACCCACGCGAGAGGAGGAACGCCAACAUGAAUGCCCGCAGUGGUAAUGGCGCCUGGGCCCUCGCCACUCCCAGUGGUCAUGCCGACGCAAACAGCGCCGUAGGUGACGGGAAGCGGAAGAAGCUGGCGACGAAGAACACCAACAACCCCCUGGCCACGAGCCCCCCGCCGGCGAAGGCGGUGGGGCAGUCCAUGGUCCACGUCGCCGUGCGCACACACGGGCACUGGCACGGAAACCGCCUGGAG